AUGAGUGCAGCCGCAGGAUUUAUCAUCUUUCGACAAACUAAAGAUAGUGCAAUCGAAUAUUUAUUAUUACAAACAUCAUAUGGUCAACAUCAUUGGACACCACCGAAAGGUCAUUUGGAUGGUGAUGAAUCUCCAUUACAAGCAGCUGAACGUGAAACAAAAGAAGAAGCUGGUUUAGAUAAAAAUGAUCUUGAAUAUUAUGAUAAAUUUGAAGAAAAAAUAACAUAUGAAGUUAAUGGAAAGCCAAAAGAUGUUUAUUAUUUUUUAGCACGUGUUCAUAAUGCUGAACAAAAAAUAAAUCUUUCCGAUGAACAUCAAAAUUUAAGUUGGUCAAAUUUACAAGGUGCUUGCGAUUUAGUUAAACAUGAAAAUACACAAAGUGUAUUGAAAAAAGCAGACGAUUUUAUUAAUACUAAUCUAAAAAAUUAA